ACGCCGUUGUAGCAUCCACUUAGGUGCCGCUUGCCUCAGUAUGAUGUGAUUGGUCAACAUAAGAGGACAAGAUGUGUACGCGCAGGGGUUAAAUCACGAACAUAUCAAUACGUCUUUGGGGAUUUACUCUUCAGAAUUACUUGCCGAUUUCUUUCUCAAGUCUUUGGGGGCUGCCAGCGUCGUUCAGCCAUGGCAGAGCAGGAGCGUCCUGCUAAGAAGCCUCCUGCUGCAGCUGUGCUCCUCUCCCACUUCACGGUCGGCUCGGUCUCUGAGGAGAACUCCGAGGAUGAGAUCCUGGGCAGGCUCGACCCCAUGCCGGCCGAGGAGAAGGAGCGCUCUCUGUCGCCGUCGUCCGUCAGCUCGGACAGCACCUAUGAACUGGGCUUCGACGGCGUAGAUGGACCUGCUCAGAACCUGAGGCCAAGCAUGUCCGGACUGCAUUUGAUGAAGCAGGGCAGGGACAGGAGACGCAUUGAUCUCCAGAGGGACUUCACUGUGGCCUCACCUGCGGAGUUUGUCACUCGCUUCGGGGGCAACAAAGUCAUUGAAAAGGUCCUUAUCGCCAAUAACGGCAUUGCUGCUGUGAAGUGCAUGCGCUCCAUUCGCCGCUGGGCUUAUGAGAUGUUCCGGAAUGAGCGUGCCAUCCGCUUCGUGGUCAUGGUUACGCCAGAGGAUCUGAAGGCCAACGCUGAGUACAUCAAGAUGGCUGACCACUAUGUGCCUGUGCCCGGGGGGACAAACAACAACAAUUACGCCAACGUUGAACUCAUUUUGGACAUUGCCAAACGGAUACCUGUUCAGGCAGUGUGGGCAGGCUGGGGCCACGCGUCCGAGAACCCCAAACUACCAGAGCUGCUGCACAAGAACGGCAUCGCCUUCAUGGGUCCUCCAAGCCAGGCCAUGUGGGCCCUAGGGGACAAGAUCGCCUCCUCCAUCGUGGCCCAGACUGCGGGCAUCCCCACCCUGCCCUGGAGUGGAUCAGGUCUUACUGUUGAAUGGUCUGAGAGUGAUCAGAGGAAGAACAUCAUCAAUGUCCCUCCAGAGUCCUAUGAGCUUGGUUGCAUCCAUGACGUAGAGGCUGGACUGAAGGCUGCGGAGCUGGUGGGCUACCCAGUCAUGAUCAAGGCAUCAGAGGGAGGCGGAGGAAAGGGGAUCCGCAAGGUCAACUGUGCAGACGACUUUCCCAACCUCUUCAGACAAGUCCAGACGGAGGUGCCAGGCUCGCCCAUCUUCGUCAUGCAGCUGGCGAAGCACGCGCGCCACCUGGAGGUGCAGAUCCUGGCUGACCAGUACGGCAACGCCAUCUCCCUGUUUGGCCGCGACUGCUCGGUCCAGCGGCGGCACCAGAAGAUCAUCGAGGAGGCCCCGGCCACCAUCGCCACCAUGGACAUCUUUGAGGACAUGGAGAGGUGUGCGGUGAAGCUGGCUAAGAUGGUGGGCUACGUGAGCGCCGGCACGGUGGAGUACCUCUACAGCCAGGACGGCAGCUUCUACUUCCUGGAGCUCAACCCGCGUCUGCAAGUGGAGCACCCCUGCACCGAGAUGGUGGCCGACGUCAACCUGCCAGCCGCCCAGCUGCAGAUUGCCAUGGGCAUCCCUAUGCACCGCAUGAAGGACAUUCGCAUGAUGUACGGUGUGCAGCCGUGGGGAGACUCGCCCAUUGACUUUGAGGGGCUGUUUGCUGCCCCCUCCCCACGAGGACAUGUCAUUGCAGCCCGCAUCACCAGUGAGAACCCAGAUGAGGGCUUUAAGCCGAGCUCGGGCACCGUGCAGGAGCUGAACUUCCGCAGCAACAAGAACGUGUGGGGCUACUUCAGCGUGGCGGCGGCCGGGGGGCUGCACGAGUUCGCCGACUCGCAGUUCGGCCACUGCUUCUCCUGGGGCGAGAACCGCGAGGAGGCCAUCUCCAACAUGGUGGUGGCCCUGAAGGAGUUGUCCAUCCGAGGAGACUUCAGAACCACGGUGGAGUAUCUCAUCAAGCUGCUGGAGACGGAGAGCUUCCAGCUCAACACCAUCGACACCGGCUGGCUGGACCGGCUCAUCUCCGAGAAGAUGCAGGCGGAGAGGCCGGACACCAUGCUGGGGAUCGUGAGCGGAGCCCUCCAUGUGGCUGAUGUCAACUUCAGGAACAGUGUCUCCUGCUUCCUGCACUCACUGGAAAGAGGUCAGGUGUUGCCGGCGCACACUCUGCUGAACACGGUGGACGUGGAGCUGAUCUACGAGGGCACCAAGUACGCGCUGACGGUGACGCGGCAGUCGCCCAACUCCUACGUGGUCAUCAUGAACUGCACGUCGGCCGAGGUGGACGUGCACCGGCUCAGCGACGGAGGCCUGCUGCUCUCCUACGACGGCUCCAGCUACACCACCUACAUGAAGGAGGAGAUCGACAGGUACCGCAUCACCAUCGGCAACAAGACGUGUGUGUUUGAGAAGGAGAACGACCCGUCUCUGCUGCGCUCGCCCUCCGCCGGCAAACUCAUCCAGUACACCGUGGAGGACGGGGGACACGUCUUCGCCGGCCAGUGCUAUGCUGAGAUAGAGGUGAUGAAGAUGGUGAUGACGCUGACGGCGGUGGAGUCGGGCUGCAUUCACUACGUGAAGAGGGCUGGUGCGGUCCUGGAGCCGGGCUGUGUCAUCGCCAAACUCCAGCUGGACGACCCCAGCAGAGUACAGCAGGCGGAGCUGUACACGGGGGCGCUGCCCAACAUCCAGGCGGUGGCGCUGAGAGGGGAGAAGCUGCACCGCGUCUUCCACAGCACGCUGGACCACCUGCUGCACAUCAUGAACGGCUUCUGCCUGCCCGAGCCCUUCUUCGGUGGCAAGCUGAAGGAGUGGGUGGAGCGGCUGAUGAAGACGCUGAGGGACCCCUCGCUGCCCCUGCUGGAGCUGCAGGACAUCAUGACCAGCGUGUCGGGACGCAUCCCCCCCGCCGUGGAGAAGGCCAUCAAGAAGGAGAUGGCCCAGUACGCCAGCAACAUCACCUCCGUUCUCUGCCAGUUCCCCAGCCAGCAGAUCGCUAAUAUCCUGGACAGUCAUGCGGCCACUCUGAACAGGAAGUCGGAGCGAGAGGUCUUCUUUAUGAACACCCAGAGCAUUGUGCAGCUGGUCCAGAAAUACCGCAGUGGCAUCCGUGGGCACAUGAAGGCCGUGGUGAUGGACCUGCUCAGGCAGUACCUCAAGGUGGAGGUGCAGUUCCAACACGGGCAUUAUGACAAGUGUGUGUUCCAUCUGCGCGAGGAAAACAAAGGGGACAUGGCCAACGUGCUGAACUACAUUUUCUCCCACGCCCAAGUCACCAAGAAAAACUCCCUCGUCACCAUGCUCAUCGACCAGUUGUGUGGGCGGGACCCCACGCUGACGGACGAGCUGAUGGCCAUCCUGACGGAGCUGACCCAACUCAGCAAGACCACAAACGCCAAGGUGGCCCUGAGAGCACGCCAAGUGCUCAUUGCCUCUCACCUGCCCUCCUACGAGCUACGACACAACCAGGUGGAGUCCAUCUUCCUCUCGGCCAUCGACAUGUACGGCCAUCAGUUCUGCAUUGAGAACCUCCAGAAACUGAUCUUGUCUGAGACCUCCAUCUUUGAUGUGCUCCCUAACUUCUUCUACCACACCAAUCAGGUGGUCAGGAUGGCUGCCCUGGAGGUGUAUGUGCGCAGGGCCUACAUUGCCUACGAGCUCAACAGUGUUCAGCAUCGGCAGCUGAAGGACAACACCUGUGUUGUGGAGUUCCAGUUCAUGCUGCCCACCUCCCACCCCAACAGAGGGAACAUCCCCACUUUAAACAGAAUGUCUUUCUCCUCCAACCUGAACCACUACGGCAUGGUGCACGUAGCCAGCGUGAGCGACGUGCUGCUGGACACCUCGUUCACCCCGCCGUGCCAGCGCAUGGGAGCCAUGGUGUCCUUCCAGUCCUUCCAGGAGUUCACCAGGUGGGUGUGUGGGAACAUUAAGGACGUGUUGAGCUGCUUUUCAGACUCCCCACCAACCAGCCCCACCUUCCCAGAGGGGGGGAACCCAGUGCUGUAUGGAGAGGACGACAAUAAGAGUCUCCAGGACGAGCCCAUCCAUAUCCUCAACGUGGCCAUCAAGACGGAUAGUGACAUCGACGACGACGGACUGGCCGCCAUGUUCCGCGAGUUCACUCAGACAAAGAAAUCCCUGCUGUUUGAUAACGGCAUUCGCAGACUGACUUUCCUGGUUGCUCAAAAGGAUUUCAGGAAGCAGGUGAACUGCGAAGUCGACCAGCGGUUCCAUAGGGAGUUCCCCAAAUUUUUCACUUUCCGUGCCCGAGACAAGUUUGCGGAGGACCGCAUUUACAGGCACCUGGAGCCGGCCCUGGCCUUCCAGCUGGAGCUCAACCGCAUGCGGAACUUCGCCCUGACCGCCAUCCCCUGCGCCAACCACAAGAUGCACCUGUACCUGGGCGCUGCCCGCGUGGAGGCGGGCGCAGAGGUCACGGACUACCGCUUCUUCGUGCGCGCCAUCAUCCGCCACUCAGACCUGGUCACCAAGGAGGCCUCCUUUGAGUACCUGCACAAUGAGGCGGAGCGGCUGCUGCUGGAGGCCAUGGACGAGCUGGAGGUGGCCUUCAACAACACCACCGUCCGCACCGACUGCAACCACAUCUUCCUCAACUUCGUGCCCACCGUGAUCAUGGACCCCUCCAAGAUCGAGGAGUCCGUGCGCUCCAUGGUGAUGCGGUACGGCAGUCGUCUGUGGAAGCUGCGCGUGCUGCAGGCCGAGCUGAAGAUCAACAUCCGGCUGACGCCCACAGGCAAGCAGAUCCCCAUCCGCCUCUUCCUCACCAACGAGUCCGGAUACUACCUGGACAUCAGCCUCUACAAGGAGGUCACCGACUCACGCACUGGCCAGAUCAUGUUCCAGGCGUACGGGGACAAGCAGGGCCCGCUGCACGGCAUGCUCAUCAACACGCCCUACGUCACCAAAGACCUGCUGCAGUCCAAGCGCUUCCAGGCCCAGAGCCUGGGCACCACCUACGUCUACGACUUCCCCGAGAUGUUCCGACAGGCUCUGAGGAAGCUGUGGCAGGGCAUGGAGACGUACGCGCGGCUGCCCAAGUGCCCCCUGCCCUCCGAGCUGCUCACCUUCACCGAGCUGGUGCUGGACCCGCAGGGACAGCUGGUGCAGAUGAACCGCCUGCCCGGAGGAAACGAGAUUGGCAUGGUGGCCUGGCGCAUGACCCUGCGCACGCCGGAGUACCCGGCCGGGCGCGAGAUCAUCGUCAUCAGCAACGACAUCACGCACAAGAUCGGCUCGUUCGGGCCGCAGGAGGACGUGCUCUUCCAGCAGGCGUCGGAGAUGGCGCGCGAGGCGGGCAUCCCGCGCGUCUACAUCGCCGCCAACAGCGGCGCCCGCAUCGGCCUGGCCGAGGAGAUCCGACACAUGUUCCACGUGGCCUGGCAGGACCCCGCCGACCCCUAUAAGGGCUUUAAGUACCUGUACCUGACACCACAGGACUAUAAAAAGGUGUCCGCGCUGAACUCUGUGCACUGCGAGCAUGUGGAGGAUGAAGGUGAAUCAAGGUACAAAAUCACUGACAUCAUCGGGAAGGAGGAGGGGCUUGGAGUGGAGAACCUACGCGGUUCCGGAAUGAUCGCUGGCGAAUCCUCUCUGGCCUACGAGGAGGUCAUCACCAUGAACCUGGUGACAUGUCGGGCCAUUGGGAUAGGUGCGUACCUGGUGCGGCUGGGCCAGAGAACCAUCCAGGUGGAGAACUCCCACAUCAUCCUCACGGGGGCCGGAGCUCUCAACAAGGUGCUGGGUCGGGAGGUCUACACGUCCAACAACCAGCUGGGCGGUGUCCAGAUUAUGCACAACAACGGAGUGACCCACAGCACGGUGUGCGAUGACUUUGAGGGCGUCUACACCCUACUGCACUGGCUCUCCUACAUGCCCAAGUGCACCUCAAGUCCAGUGCCCAUUCUCAAUGCCAAAGACCCCAUUGACCGGCUGGUGGAGUUUGUGCCAACCAAAGCCCCCUACGACCCGCGCUGGAUGCUGGCAGGGAGGGCCAAUCAGAACUCCAAGGGGGCCUGGGUGAGUGGAUUCUUUGACCACGGCUCUUUCCUGGAGAUCAUGCAGCCGUGGGCCCAGAGUGUGGUAGUGGGCAGGGCCAGACUCGGUGGAAUACCCACCGGAGUGGUUGCCGUGGAAACCAGAUCGGUGGAGCUGUCCAUCCCGGCAGAUCCGGCUAAUCUGGACUCGGAGGCCAAGAUCAUCCAGCAGGCGGGCCAGGUGUGGUUCCCGGACUCGGCCUUUAAGACGGCGCAGGCCAUAAAAGACCUGAACCGGGAGGGGCUGCCUCUCAUGGUGUUCGCCAACUGGAGAGGCUUCUCUGGGGGCAUGAAAGACAUGUAUGACCAGGUGCUGAAGUUCGGCGCCUACAUAGUGGACGGCCUGAGGGAGUACCGGCAGCCCGUGCUGGUCUACAUCCCCCCACAGGCCGAGCUGCGGGGCGGCUCCUGGGUGGUGAUCGACCCCACCAUCAACCAGCGCCACAUGGAGAUGUACGCCGACAAGGACAGCCGUGGUGGGGUGCUGGAGCCUGAGGGCACAGUGGAGAUCAAGUUCAGGAGGAAGGACCUGGUCAAGACCAUGAGGCGCGUGGACCCCGUCUACAUGGGCCUGGCCGAGAAACUUGGCACCCCCGAGCUGAAUGCGGCGGAGCGUAAGGAGCUGGAGGGCAAGCUGAAGGAGCGCGAGGAGUUCCUGCUGCCCAUCUACCACCAGGUGGCAGUGCAGUUCGCCGACCUCCACGACACACCUGGACGCAUGCAGGAGAAGGGCGUCAUCACGGACAUUCUGGAAUGGCGGACGUCGCGGCACUUCUUCUACUGGCGUCUGCGGCGGCUGCUGCUGGAGGACACGGUCAAGAGGAAGAUCCAGGCGGCCAACGGCGAGCUGACCGACGGCCAGAUCCAGGCCAUGCUGCGGCGCUGGUUCGUGGAGGCAGAGGGGGCCGUCAAGGCUUAUCUGUGGGACAGUAACGAGGAGGUUGUGGACUGGCUGGAGAAGCAGCUGGCGGAGGAGGAAGGCGCGCGCUCCGUCAUCGACGAGAACAUCAAGUACAUCCGCAGGGACCACAUCCUCAAACAGAUCCGCAGCCUGGUGCAGGCGAACCCGGAGGUGGCCAUGGACUCCAUCGUGUACAUGACUCAACACAUCUCCCCGACGCAGCGCGCAGAGGUGGUGCGCAUCCUCUCCACCAUGGAGGCCCCGGCGUCGUCAUAGGGACGCCCCCCGCCUCCACUGGCCCCUCCCGCGCCGAGUGGGGGAUUCUGGGAUAGCGGGGCCGGAGGAGCCGACGACGCGCCGACGCUCCUCGGAACACUGGAGCGGCUCCUGGCCGCGCUGUUGGCUAUGAUCCUACCAGGGUGGCCGGACACGGAAUAGUUUCAGGCACACCGAGAGCGCCGUUGAAAACGACGACGGUUCUGAGAUUCAGAGCUGUGUGUGUGCGCGCAAAUACACGCUGUAGUCUUAAAGAUGUCUGGUGCUCUCUCCCUCUCUCUCUCCCUCUCUCUCUCUCUCUCUCUCUCUCCAGAGCGCCUUUAUGAUAGACGGUACAAUGCAGAUUUAGUCAAGAGUGGGUUUACAAACCCUGGUAGUCCAGAAUAGCGUUUGACAAUUCCUGCUUAAAAAAAAAAAACUUGUAAUUAACAGAGGCGUCACCUUACAUCACCGAGUCACUAGCGGAGAAUCAGCCGCCAUUUCACCUUCCCGCCCUCCGGGAACAAAAGAUGCGUCUGAGGGGGGAGGGGGGAGGAGCGGAAAAUGCUAUCAAGGGAACGUUUUUUGUUGUUGUUGUUGUUUGGGUUUUUUGUUAUUUUUCUUCUCAUUUGUUCUUCGCACAUGAGAGUGUAUGUGUGUGUGUGUGUGUGUGUGUGAAGUCACUGAACGCGAGUGCAGUGGCUGGAUGAUGAAUAUAAAGGGGGGGGAAACGUGUGGCUGCAGGAGAGCUGGGGGGAUGGAGAUUAAGCACACCUUGGGAAAGAGCACUUCAUUAAUGAUCAAACACUGAGAGCGUGCACAGGCAUGGUGAUCAGCGCCAUCCGACACACACACACGCACACACACGCACGCACACACACACACACACACGCACGCACGCACACAGAGGGACUCGCACAAGAGGCAAGUCCAGAGGGGCCCCCUAUUCAAGCCUCACUGUUUAACACUGACCCCCUCUCCCUCUCCUCUCUCACACACACACACACACACACACACACACACACACACACACACACACACACACCAAAUCCCACCAGUGAUGGAAGCAUAUGCACCUUAUCUUGCAAUGCAUUCUGCCAAUAUGCAGUGAAACAUGUAUUCACUGGUUCUGUUGGCCCACUUGAUCUCUAUCCUCCCAGCAUUUGGGGACUAAAAAGGAGUUCUGUUGCAAAUUUCAACCAAAACAAAUGUUACAUGUGUAGUCAUUUACCCAGACAAAAAAAUGUUUUUUUUUUCGCUUUUUUUUUUUUUUUAUAACCACAAACAUUAAGCACUGUAAAACUAAUUUAUUAAACGGCAGCAAUGGUUAAGCGUAGAUACUGUACACUGUAAUUACAUGUGCAACAUGAAAGGCGGGUUGUCCGGCUUUUGUCAUAACUGCUCUUUGCACUCAUCUCAUUGUACUACUAAACACACACGCAAGAAGAGAAUCAUGUAACCCAUAAUGAAAUGCUACUGCUUUAGAGGAGACGAACGCUUAACUAAUGAGGUCCAGAAGAGAGUCCUGGUGCUGAUUGGAGUUCUACGAGUUUGAUGAUCCUCGGCAGUUCAGUGGGUUGACCUCGCGUUGACGGCAGGGCUGCGGCCGACGCCGAGCGGUGUGGGCGCGUGAUGGUAGCCACGCCUGCCAGACAGCCUCAUCGCAUUGAAGUUGGCAGUGCCCGACCCGUGCCAGCGUCUGCUCGACGGUUAGCCCACACGUCCGCUAGGACCUUGGAUUUUUCUAGAGUAAAAUGCUGUUAAAGCCUGUCUUGUCAUGAUCAUGUUACUGAAGAGAUGCCGUGGUCGGUCGUCUGCCGUAUGUGUCAAAUGUGUACGUGUAUGUGUUUACUGUGGCCAUCUCUUGGUUGCCUCUGUAACUUUUAAUAAAAUCAUACAUAUA